AGUCCUAAAGGCUGCGCGGGGAGGCGAGGUGGUGGCGGCACGCGAGCAAGCAACAAGAAGAGGAGGAGGAAGAAAAGAAAGAACACCAACAGCAGCAAUAAUAACAAUAAAAACACGUGAGAAAGGAAGAAAGGAAGGAGGGGAGUAAAUAAACCAAAACAACAAUUUCGUAAGAACAACGAAAACAACAACAACAAUAACUAUUACUACUACUACUACUACUACUACUACUACUACUACUACUACUACUACUACUACUACUACUUCUACAAAGAUGGCUACCUCCAAUACUGCUGUGUUUUUACAAGACGAGAUUACCUGUGAAAUGCGUGACAGAGCUUAUCGAAUAUGUCGCGACUACCUGCAUGGCGCCUGGAAACUCAUCACGCCUCACGAAAUGGUCAUCAAGCAAAUCAGCGGCGGCUUGUCUAACCUGCUGUACUACUGUGCCCUGCCCGCCUCCAACCCCCCCAAGGCCACUGAGCCCUCCGAGGUGCUGCUCAGGAUCUACGGACAGGUUCACGGAGAGGAUGCGCUGGAGUCUGUGUUGGCAGAGAGUGUAAUCUUUGCCUUGCUGUCAGAGCGUCGCCUUGGUCCCCGCCUGUAUGGAGUGUUUCCCGGCGGCAGGCUGGAGCAAUUUAUUCCAGCCCGCCCACUCUUCACACGGGAGUUGGCAGACCCAGACCUCUCGGCUAUCAUUGCCACCAAGAUGGCCAACAUUCAUGCCCUCAAUGUGCCCAUCAGCAAGGAGCCCUGCUGGAUCUGGAAUACCAUGGAGAGGUGGCUACGAACCAGCCAGGGGUUCCUGAGCCAGAAGCCGCAGCUCAGCAUGGAGGAGGACGGCAGCUUGGUGGAACGCCUGCAGAAGAUUGACUAUCGUGGUGAGAUGGAAUUCCUGAGGCAGGUGGUGGCCAAGGUGCAGUCCCCAGUUGUGUUUGCCCACAACGAUAUGCAGGAGGGCAACAUUCUCCUGAAGACUGGACCCAAGCCAGCCACAGGAAAUGACCGCAUUGCUCUCAUUGAUUUUGAGUAUUGUUCCUACAACUACCGUGGCUUUGACCUGGCCAACCACUUCUGUGAGUGGGUGUAUGAGUACAAGCUUCCUGUGCACCCAUACUUCACUGUGGACUGCGACAACUACCCCAGUAGGCAGAAGCAGGUUAACUUUAUCCGCACCUACCUGGAUACCUACGAGAGGACCAGGCGAGGCAAGCCGGCCGUAGCACAGGCUCAGGCAGCAUCCAUGGGUAAUGGUGUCGAGGAGCCCAUUGCCUCCAUGCACCACAAUGGGAGCUCCGAGGUACCUGCAUUACACUCUCCACCCAGCCACCCUGCAGAAGAGACACUGCUGCAGGAGGUGGCGGCCUUCACACCUGCCUCACACCUGUUCUGGGCACUGUGGUCCAUCGUGCAGAGCCAGGUGUCCACCAUUCCCUUCGGAUACAUGGAAUAUGCAGUGACCCGAAUGGAGCACUACUUCAAGGACAAGGCAAAGCUGCGUCUGGACCAGCUGACCAAACGCAAGUCUGACGCCAUCACAGAGGAGGGCUAGUGUGGACAACACCUCACAGGAACACCCAGAAAGAGCUACAACUGAGGACGCUUGGUGCCUUAGAACUAUGCUGGGUUAGGCUGUGUUUUUCUCUAUUCAAAUGGGAGGGAAGAGGGACCAUGGUGCUAAUGUUAACUCUGUGUGUGAGUGGGAGGGUCUCUAUGAGUGGUGGAUGUGCUUCUUCCAGCUGUCUGUCAGCUGUCUAUCAAUAACUGACACGACAGCUGGUUUUUAUCUUCCUCUAGUGGUGGUGUCAUUGCAAUCAGUUCAUCGUAACUCUUGAGGGAUGCAGUGAUGUGUGUUGCUCUGAGGUGGUGAGUCUUUUCAGUGGCACCUCACACACAUUGCUUUACUGAGCACAUCGUUCACAAAGACACAAUUCCUUCUGAUGGUUUGUGUCUUUGGAGUAAAUUUAUGAAUGAACUUCCCAUAUGUUUAUUCUUUGUUUUUGUCUAUUUAUUUAUUGUUUUUUCUUAGCUUGAUAGAAUGAUGGGAAGGUUUAGACCAUUCAGUAGUUGCUGUGACUGUGUCUGUGUAUGAUAUCAGUGUAUGAACAGCCUGUGAUCAUAGAAAUGUUAUAGUGUGACAACAUUCUCAAGUUGAAACAAAUUCUUGAGUGUCUGGUAGGAAAUCUGUGAUUGGGCAUUAACUAUGUUCACAUUUCCUCUUCUUCUUCCUCCUUUUUUUCUAAACCAGAGAUACAGUGUUACAUUUUACCUUUAUUUUAAACUAGUAUAGUUAUUAGUUUUAAAGCCAAACUGUGGGGAUAGAUAUUUUAAGAGGGAGAGGUAGGGAAGGGGAGAAAAUGUAGGAGUGUAUACAUAUAUGUGUGUGGGCUGUGACAACUCUCCUACACUGUGAUGGCUGGCACCUCUCCGUCCCUCAUGUUUGUAAAUACCUCAGAAUGUCCCUCAUCAUCCACCAGUUCACUCAUAUAUGCCACAGGGGGGACGGCGGGGGCUGGCCCACUCAUUAUGUCCUCCACCUGGUGUCUCCACAGAGCUUGCAAGUUAUAACUGGAGAUAACAUUAGGGUUUUCUGUUCAUGAUGGGCUGCUUGUGUGCUGCAGUGCCAUGGCUUAAGGUUAUAAGCACAAUGCCACCUUUAUCACUUAACAUUCACACUUUCAUGGUCAGGAGUGUGUUGGUAUUCUACAUCCACAUUGUGUUUGCUGUUUCCCUGAUGUCCAACAAAUGUUUAGUACCCCAGAGGAUUUCAUAUACAGGGAGAAUACUAAUGCAUCAGUGAAUGUGGAAUGUUGACAAGUUUCGGUCCAUGAGUGUACAAGCCAGUGUUACAUCACAUCCACAUCAACACUUAUCAAGAGUUCAAAAAAGGAAAUACAGACUUGCUGGCAGUCUUGAGAAACGUUCCUCACUCGUAUCAAGGUUAUUUAAAAGUCAUUUGGUGAAGCUUCCUAUGAACACUAUACAUCUGGGGUCAAAGUUAAGGUUGUCACUGAAUGACCAAGACACUCAUGUAUCUUUUGAGUGUCUCAUGGAAACAUUGCAAAAUUUAUCAGAAAGCUGGAUGAACUGGCUGUUGAGGCUGUCACAGGGUACUGAAGCCUGACAGGACACUGAAGCUAAGGCCAUGUUCAGAAAUGUUUUGCUCUCUCACCACUACUAUUUUCAAGGGCCAUAGAGAUAAUUGGCCAGGUUCUCAAGGGAGUUUCUUAUGUUACUGCUGCAGAAAUCUAGAACCUUGAAAACAUCCUUAAAAAUCUGUGUCACUUGAAGUAUAGCCUUGUGAAUAUAGUGGUGUAAUGCAUAAGUGUUUGAGAAUAUGGUGCAAGUCUGGUAUGUUACCAGGAGUGAUGACCAGGGCCUCAGUGAACUGUCAGCCUUGUCUGCCCUGAGGUGCUGUGCACUGCAGUGCUGCAUCACAAGGCUGCCAGAAUUGGUCAAAAUUUCUCAAGCAUUAUAUGGGAGUUAUGAAUCACUCAUUGUCUUUGAUCACAGAAAGUAUAUACAGUGAAGUGGAUUAAAUAGUUAGGUCUUUAAUUUAUGUGGAGUUACUGGGUAUUAUACAGACAGUAAGACCGUUUUGUAUCCAGUAUUUUAUAUGACCAUUUCUCUUAUUUGGUAAAGAAAACGAAAGUUCCUUUCAUGACAGAAUAAUGAUGUGUUUUAUGUAAUGACCUUGAAGAAAAUUAAAGAAAAAAAAAUAUAUUUGAAAGGAUUGUAAAAAUCUUGAAAAUUUACGAAAGAAAAAGGAGAAAAAAUGAAUAUAUGAAAAUCUACAAACAAGAUGCAAAAUGUCAUAUCAAAAAGAGCAUUAUUCUCUGAAAAAGAGAAACAAAAGAAAUAUGCUGUGUUUGUUGGCACUAAGAUGUACACCAUACAAAAAAAAUGUAAAGAAAAAGAGAGUACCAAUAUCAGUGUCUCCUGCAGCCACACUAUGGAAAAAGGCUGGGCACAGAAUGCAGGAUGGCCUGGUAUUAAAGAAAGUGCAGCUUUCAACUGACAAAUACAGUAUUUCAUAAAGAAAAAAAAAGAAAAAAAAAAACAUUCAAAGUUUCCCACACAAGUUUUGACAAGUUGUGUGAGCAGCAGUGUGACGGUGGGAGCAACAUUCCUGGUGCAUUUAGUUCAGCGUCACCCACAGUGAGCACUGAGAAGGUGGCUUCUAUUCUCCAAUGUGUCGCUGGCUUGACUACUUUUAGCUGGUUCUAAUGAAGUUGCAUAUUUACAGUCUUUAAGCUUUAUAAUUUUGCUAUUAGUUACACAGGCUUUAGUAGAAGGUGGUGUUGUUUAUGGUAUUUUUGUGAUUUUAUAGUAACACACUGUAUAUUUCAAGAAUAUUUUCAUGAAUCUAGUGACAGCGUAACAAUAACUCUGCACUGUCAGUGGGAAGAAACACGAUGAGCACCAUCUGUGAUGUGUGAGAACAGUGAUGGUGAGGGAACACAGCAUUUCAGAAUAUGAGCAAAUGCUUCCUUUAUCUUGGUGACUUGUGUAGUGGUGAGUGUCUGUCAUACACUCCGUAGCAUCCACUAGACUCACCCCAGGUUACCAAUCAAAAUAGGAAUGUGGGAAUGUGGCUUAUUUGAAGUAUACAAGAUGAAGGAGUAAGGGAGUCUGGGUAUGAGAUGGGGAAGAUGAUAGGGAGUGAGACAAGGAAGUGACAGAGGAGGAGGCAAGAAGUGAUAGGAGGGACUGUAGUGGCAGUUGCUUAGUGUGUGGAGGGAAAGGAAGGGACACAAGUGUGAUGACUGGCAUGGUGAGGACUGGGAAAACCGUCAGUCAUCCAGUCAUAAUGUAAAUAUAAGUAACAUAAAUUAAUGAUGAGUUAUGUUCUUUUAAAUAUCUUUAUAAAAUGAAAAUUUAUAAAGUGAAUUUUUGAAAUGUUUCUAGUAAAUACGCUUUUUAACAUUCUUUAAUGUAGUCCUCUUAGACUUUCAAUUAAUUGAAAAUUCAGCUUUGUAAAUUGAGGCAAAGACAAACUUACUUCACUAGUUGGAAAAAUUUUAAAUUGGAUGUUUGUAAACUGCAUUUUUCCUAUAAAAUGUUUUGCUGCCUUCAUGACUGUCACAGAGGUGGACAGCCUUGCUCUAUCUUCCAUGUCACUGGGCAAGUUGUGAAGUAACAAUGAGUCUGGUGGGAUGGUGCAACAAGCUGUGAGUGGACAUGAGUUUGUAAGUCAGUCUUUACUUGGCACUUGUGACAACACUGCGGCACAGUUUGGGAGUUUGGAUCCUGCAAGACAGGAAUGCAGGGCUGCCUAGUGAAGUAUGGUGGUGACACACAACCACUGCAGCCUGUGAUGUGCUGGCUAGUGAUGUAGGCACACUUGUGUCCCCCUCUCCUCUCAGUGAUAUUACUACUUUAAGUCCCUCAAACAUUGCAACUGUUACUGAUUGAUGCUCUUACUUGCUGAUUGGCUAAUUGUUCUUUGUUUUAUAACGUGUGACAGACUGACCAUCUUGUCCAUUGACGAACAAAAUAGAAGGGACUCAUGUAUCCAGUCACAUGACAGUUUAUCCAGUGCUGCUGAUGGUGGGGGCCAUGUGUCACUGCUGUGGUGUGAAUCGACUGGUGUAUCUUCCUCUCAGAUCUCUAAGGGGUGUGGAACAUAACAGCUGCAUUCAUGUGAUAUAGUAGUACUGUAUGUAUAUAGGUAUAUAUAUUUUUUCCAUUACUCAUUAUUAUAUACAUGUUAAUACAUAUUCCAUUUUUAA